AUGAGCCCUCCAGCUGCGGAUCCCAAGAUUCUGUAUCGGAAUUCCCGCCUGCUCCGCGUGGUGUUCCUGCAGCUCCAUCGCCAACAGAGGGCUGAUUUAUUUUGUGAUGUUGUCCUACAAGCAGAAGGGGAAGCUGUUCCCGCUCAUUGCUGCAUCCUGUCAGCCUGCAGCCCCUUCUUCACGGAGCGUUUGGAGCGAGAAAUGCCUUCCAAAGGACACAAGACGGUGCUGGAGAUCCGGGGGCUGAAGAUUGGGACACUGCGUAAACUGGUGGAUUUCCUCUACACUUCUGAGAUGGAGGUGUCACGGGAGGAAGCCCAGGAUAUUCUUGCAGCUGCACGGCAGCUGCAAGUGUCAGAACUGGAGUCACUUCAGCUAGAGGGGGGAAAGCUAGUAAAGAAAUCACUGGGCCGGCGAUUAAACCGGGACUGCCUACAGCUGUCCAGUCCAACAUCCCUUCGAGAGGCAAAUUUGAUGCAGUCUCCUCCUGCCUGUGGCCGUAGCUCUUUGACAUCCUGGCUGGUUGCAGGCAGGCAACAGGCAGUGGCGAAACUUCCAUGCACCAAGGGACAGGGCAAUGAGAGCCACACCGGCCAGAGAGAGAUUACGAAGCAAAAGCCUGCUGCAGCACUGCUUAGUGGUGACAAACAGAUACCCAAAGGUCCAACAGUUACUGCUGAGCCACCGAGACCAAAAGCUAAAAAACAUCCUGUCGGCAUGGUAAGGCAUAUACCGAGUAGCAAUGAGAGCGUCAAUCUGCACACAGAGGAGAUUGGGACUGGAGAUAGCCAAGCUACAGCGAACUUGCAGAAGUCGAAAAAGAUUAAGCUCAGCUGUCCAAAGCUCCCUUCUCCACCUUUGCCCAUGCCUUUUGCCACCAAAGACCAUAGCACUGUGGCAUCUAUCAAGGGAUCCUCAAGGUCCAUUAAGCGUCUCUGGAGGCAGAGGAGUCCUCCUGGCCAGGGUGAGGCAAAAGGAGCAGAAGAUAGUCGCUCUUUGCAUGGCUUCUGGAGCCCCCCUCUCCUUCGAAAGGCUAAAGGCAGAAAGCGCAACUCCAGUGAGCCAGCUCCCAGCUCAAACCCGGCUCAAGAGGCAGGGCAGAUUGGCCGAGUAAAGCUCAGGAAAGUUAUCAAUGGCAGCUGCUGGGAGGUAGUGCAGGAAUUGCCUGCUGCACAGCUCAUGGGGGCAACAAACACCGCAUGUGGUUUGAAAAAGGAUGGCUCCCUGUUUCAGUCCCAAAAUCCAGAGCCAGAGGUAGCAGAUCCACAACAGACAGUUAGCUCAGCUAGGCUGCUGCCUGCAAAACUACAGGCUGCAUCUUGUAGUGAGAAGAACCUGGUAGAACAAGCAGAGAACAAGAUGGUCUUAGGUGAACAGGACAGUGCUGCUGGGAACCCUUCUGAGCUGAGCGUGUUUAUGCUAGACCAUCUGCUUGAGGGGGAGCAGUACAACAGCCUGGCUUCGGCCGGAGAGUUGGAACAAAUGCUAGAUCUGCUUCUGGCAGAUGAUGAUGGCAUUGGGGAAUCUGUUCCAGGAGGCAUGCAUACUUCAUGCCCUGUAGCAAGCAUAAAUAAGAGUCCACUGGGAAGCUCUGGGGCUGAAGAAAAAUAUAGGUGUCCUUCUGAAGUCUCAGUUUCUCCACAGUUUGUCAAGAGAGAAAGCAGUCCCCUACAAGGGGAACAGGAAGCGACUGACCUGAAAAUUGGCUCAGUAAAUGAGGGUUCUUUGCUGGACCCUGCUCUUGGCAACUUUCCACUUGUGACAUCUGAACCCAGUAGUGACUGUCUUGCCUUGUGCAGGCCACCCUCUCCGCUGCUGGAUGAUUCAGGAGUGCCUCAGCACGACCUGUGUGUGUCAGAGAAUGGGACCAUAAGGCCUGCUGAGUCUUUGCCUGCCACUUUGAUGGGUGAUGUGGACCAAGGGCUUCUGUCUUAUGGAGUGGGAAUCUUGGGUGCAGAAACACAGCCCCAUACUCAAGCAGUACUAAGGAGGUCUUUGCAGAACAGCUUGGACUGUAAGCUACCUCUUCUCUCAGCCAGCUUAGAAGAGGAAGAGAUAGAUGUCGGUGGGGUGGAGGAGCCCGUUGUUAGCAUUGAAUGGGUCCGGCCAGAUUCCUCUCCAGAGUCUGAAACUGAAGUGGAUGUUCUGAGCUAG